AUGAACAUCAAGUGGAAUUGUGCAACAACAACAAUUUGGCUCUUACUGCUACCAUGGCUAACAAUGCUGAACAGCUCGGAAGCAGCAAGUGUACAGCCGUUGGAGAGUACAAGUACAGUAAACACGCUGAAUGACAGCCAGCCAGCGAGCUUGUUGCGUCCACUGUCUUGGCUGAGAGGUGCACAGGAUAUGUUCGCCAGUCCAGCGGGUCAUGUGGUGGUACAGGUGGCCAAGGAACUGCUUCAUCGCUCAGCGGGCAACAGUCAAGUGCUCAGCUUGAAUCUGACCAAUUUGCUGAUCAUUGUGCUGCUCAAGGUGCUGAUCUUUUCGGCUGGACUCUUAGGCGCCGGACACUGGAGUAGCUAUGGCCAUGGCUAUGCACGAUCUGCAGCACGCCUCGAUGCCACAUAUGGACUGGGCAUUACGUCGGGUGAUGACUAUCUGAUAAUGGGCUUUCUGGCUGCCCAGGGAGCCGGCCAAGAUGAUUGCCUCUAUGCGGCAGCCUGUGCCUGUCCCAAUGCUGCCUAUGAGUAUGCCAAAGCUGGACGUGCUCUGCUGGGCGCCAUUAAUAUAUUCGAGGGAUCACCUGUGGAGAAGCCACGUUAUAAUGAUCUGAUCUUGCUGAUGGAACGUGCCGCUUACGAUGGAUUUCGGGGAACGAACUGCAACACCACCCAAUCCUGUGAUGCCCUCUUAUAGCCAGUGCCCAUCAUUGCCGAUUAAUCACACUCAACUUUAGCUAUUUAGUAUAUUGUAGUACAAAUGAAAUAUGUAUUUAUAGUGAUAUUGUAGUAUUGCUUUUGGCCCAUUUGAGGCUUGGCUGCUGUGUGUGUGUUCGUGUGUUAUUUACAGUCUCAAUGGUUCAGCAUGGAAAUACAUAUAUAAUGCUAGAAUU